AAAGUCAGUUAUAGUAUGGGGAUUAAGUAUUUAUCAUUUACAAACAUGAUAAAAACUCCUUAAUUUCUUUAUUUACUUUUUUUUUUUCCCUAAACACUUUCUUCCCCUCUUUUGUUAUUAUUAUUAGUAUUAAGAAAAAAAACAUGAAAGAUUCGACAAAGACCACUCUUUUUCGGUCAGAAGAGAUGUCUCUUGUCCAAUUAUUCAUUCCAGCUGAAAUAGCGCAUGCUUGUAUAGCUGAGUUAGGGGAACUUGGAAAAGUUCAAUUCAGAGACUUAAAUUCAAAUGUAAAUGCUUUUCAGCGUAUAUUUGUACCUGAAAUAAGAAGACUAGAUGAAAUGGAAAGACAAUGCAGAUAUUUACAGUCUCAAAUUGAAAAGUUAGGAAUACCUAUUAUAUCUGUUUCAUCUGAUAAAUUUGUUACAGCAGCUCAUACAGCGCAAGAAAUCGAUGAUCUAGAAGAAUUGUUAAAUAAUCAUGAAAGACAUAUUAUUCAAAUGAAUUCUUCUUAUGAAACACUUUUACAUCGUUUUCUACAAUUAACUGAACUCCGAUAUGUAUUAAAAGAGUCGUCUAUCUUUUUCGAACAGGCCGGAUUAAGACAUGUUCAACAACAACGUCAUCAUCAGUCUGAAGAAACAACGGUUCAAUUAUUAGUAGCCGAUGAUAUUGAAGACGGACAACAGUCUACCACAGGUCAUAUCGAAAAUUUAGGUUAUGUGGCAGGCACGAUACCGAGAGAGAAGAUGCAAAUAUUUGAACGUGUCCUUUGGCGAAUUCUACGUGGCAAUUUAUAUAUGAACUUUGCUGAAAUCAAUGAUAUAAUCAUUGACCCUUUGGAUACAGAAAAGAAAAUACGAAAAAAUGUAUUUGUCAUCUUUGCCCAUGGUCAAGAAGUUAUUAAUAAAAUUAAAAAGAUAUCAGAGAGUAUGGGUGGAACGCUUUAUAAUGUAGAUGAAGAGCAUGACAAAAGAUGUGAAGCGUUUGAUCAAGUUACUACUCGUAUUCGUGAUUUAAACAUUGUUUUAAGCCAAACACAAGAAACUCGUAAAAAUGAGCUCUUAAACGUUGCAGAUCAUUUAGCAGUAUGGUAUACAAUAGUGCUCAAAGAAAAGGGAGUUUACCACAUCAUGAAUCUUUUUAAUUAUGAUUUGAAUCGUAAAUGCUUAAUUGCCGAGGGUUGGUGUAGCAAACUUGAUAUCCCUAUCGUUCAUUUGGCUCUAAAGAAUGCUAUCGAGGACUCUGGAACCAAUAUGCCCUCUGUCUUUACUGAACUCUCUCAGAAUAACCAAAGACCUCCUACCUAUCAUCGUACAAAUAAAUUCACUGAAGGUUUCCAAACUAUUAUCGAUGCUUAUGGUAUUGCACGUUAUAGAGAGGUCAAUCCUGGCCUCUUCACCCUCAUUUCUUUUCCAUUCUUAUUUGCUAUCAUGUUUGGUGAUAUUGGGCAUGGAUUUCUCAUAUUUUGCUUUGCUCUCUAUUUGAUUCUAAAUGAAAAGAGACUUGCCAAUGUAAAAGAUGAAAUAUUUACCAUGUUCUUUAGUGGUCGUUAUAUGAUACUCUUGAUGGGUCUAUUUUCAAUCUUUACAGGCUUUAUCUAUAAUGAUAUGUUUUCUCUUUCAUUGCAUUCAUUUAAAUCGGGAUUUGAUUGGCCCUCUCACUAUACUUCUACAGAUUCAAUAGAGGCUACACCUAAUGGUCAUAUUUAUCCCUUUGGGAUUGAUCCUGCUUGGCAUGGGUCUGAAAAUUAUUUACUUUUUUCCAACUCUUACAAGAUGAAACAAGCCAUCAUUUUAGGUGUUAUUCAUAUGUCAUUUGCUAUUUGUUUAAAUGUUUAUAAUCAUAUCUACUAUGGAAACAGGAUGUUUAUUUGGUUGGAGUUUUUACCUCAAAUCUUAUUCAUGGAAUCUAUAUUUGGAUAUCUUAUCUUUUGCAUCAUGUACAAAUGGAGUGUAAAUUGGUGGGAGCUAGAUACUGAUGGCCAUCUUAUUCAUAAUCCUCCUCCUAAUCUUUUGAAUAUGUUAAUUUAUAUGUUCUUAUCGCCCGGUAAAGUAAAACCUGAAGAUCAACUCUAUCCUCAUCAAGGACCUGUUCAAUUGAUACUAAUUUUAUUAGCCGUCAUUUGUGUUCCUUGGAUGUGGUUUGCUAAGCCUUUUUAUCUCAAACAAAGGCAUCAUGAUCAACAGGCAUUAGAGGAAAAUAUGCAAUAUCCUGCUGAAACUUCCAAUACGCCUACUAUAGUAAAUGAGGAUAAUGUCGAAAAAAGUGAAGAAAAGUUCGAAUUUAGUGAAGAGAUGAUUCAUCAAACAAUUCAUGUUAUUGAGUUUUGCUUAAAUUGUAUCUCCAAUACUGCUUCUUAUUUACGUUUGUGGGCUUUAUCACUUGCACAUGCUCAAUUAUCAAGUGUGUUGUGGGAUAUGACACUUAAGAUCUGGUUUAAUUUCACUGGACCUAUUGCAGUGAUUGGAAUUGUAAUUGGCUUUAGUAUGUGGUUUGUGUUGACAAUCGGUAUCUUGUUAUGUAUGGAAGGGUUAUCCGCUUUCUUACAUGCCUUACGUUUACAUUGGGUUGAGUUUGACGGUAAAUUUUACAUGGGUGAUGGUGUCAAAUUUGAACCCUUUUCAUUCAAAACUUUAAUUGAUAACAAAUAAAAAGAAUAUUUAUAUUUAUAUGUAUACGCA